AUGGAGAUUAAGAAGUGCAGACAGAGUAUGAGAGGUCGAGUGGUCGAGAGGUCGAGAGGUCGGAAAUCCAAGAGGGUUGGUGGGUGUGUGGAUGAGACCCGUGGGAGUGGAUGGGAGUGGGUGGGAAUGGGGUGGGAGUGA